AUGGGCCUGGGGCAGAAAGGGCUGUUGGCAAAGAUGACCUGUGCUCCAUCUCCUACAUUUGCCUCCAAAGUAGACAGGCCCCGCAGCGAGGAGGACAACGAGCUGAGCCUGCCCAGCCUGGCGGCCGCAUACACCACCAUCCUGCGCUCGCUGGGCGAGGACCCCGAGCGGCAGGGGCUGCUGAAGACGCCCUGGAGGGCGGCCACCGCCAUGCAGUUCUUCACCAAGGGCUACCAGGAGACCAUCUCGGAUGUUCUGAAUGACGCCAUCUUUGAUGAAGAUCAUGAUGAGAUGGUAAUUGUGAAGGACAUAGACAUGUUCUCAUUGUGUGAGCAUCACCUCGUUCCAUUUGUUGGAAAGGUACAUAUUGGCUACCUUCCUAACAAACAAGUACUCGGCCUCAGCAAGCUUGCUAGGAUCGUGGAAAUAUACAGUAGAAGAUUACAAGUCCAGGAGCGCCUUACCAAACAAAUCGCCAUAGCCAUCACAGAAGCCUUACAGCCCGCUGGCGUGGGAGUGGUUAUUGAAGCGACGCAUAUGUGUAUGGUCAUGCGUGGGGUACAGAAAAUGAACAGUAAAACAGUAACCAGCACAAUGUUGGGGGUAUUCCGGGAAGAUCCAAAGACCCGUGAAGAAUUCUUGACACUCAUCAGGAGCUGAAACUGUGUUCUUCUUUCUCUAAAUGCACUCUGGAGAUUGUUCUGUCCACUGUCACUGUCUGUUCUUACUUGUUCCUACAUCCUACCUUUAAACUAAGUCGUUGUGAAUUGUCGUCAUAAUCUUUGUGAGAUGAAGUCUUUGUGCAGUAAAAGACUUCUGAUGGCAAAUGACAAAUGUAAUGAUGAGUUAGGUUCCUCUUGGAUUUCCAGUGAUGCCGACAUCACAGAAUCAUAAACUAUGGAUAGGGUUUUGGAGAUGGUUUUUCUGUCUGUGAUGCAGAACAUAACUGUUACUAGGAGAAAAGUGGGGCUUGGGAGUGAAAUGGAUAUUUAUGAAAUGGUUACGUUUGUUAGAGUAAAUAUGGAGCAGCACAGGAAACAAAUGAAAGGCUGUGGAUCCUUGUAGGACCACUUACACUGCAAAUACUGUACCUCUGCUGAAAAGGAUGGUCCGGAAUUAUCUCUGACUAUAUUUUAUUACAAGUCCUGUAGUGGUCGUUUCAGUAUCUGGAUGUGUGUGUUAUACCUCUUUGAGAUGUUACUUCUGGUGGUGUUUUUACAUUCUUGCUAGUAUUAACCCUCCUUUUUUGUGUAUUUCUUUUUUGUUUGAGAAACUGAAAACACAUUUUUUCCUAGCCUCUUACCAUGCAGGGAAUUAACUUCUGAAUUAUUUGGGGCACAGUCUUAUCUCAAUAUAAAGGGUUUUAUGCACCUUCUUCUCUGUGCCUCAGAAUGUCUGACCACUUUAACUGUCAGUUUCUUACUAUUUUUAAGCAAACGUUAACAGGGGGAGGAAAAAAACCCCAGAGUCUGUCUGCAAAGUGCUAAGAUAUCCAAAGAGGUUUUUAGUAAUAUUUAUAUCUUGAGCUUUCUGUAAUGGAUUUCCAUGGGUUAGACUGAGAAGCUAACACUAGUCUGAUGAUCUGAAAAUGAAGAUUUCUCUUUAAGCAUUUCAAGAUUUUCAUCUUAUAAACGUUGGACCAAAGGUGGGCGCUGAAAUCCUCAACACAGCACAUUGUACCUCUCCUGCCUGAUGGCAGGUCAUUCCAGGGCAAAGUAACCUGAAAUGACAACGACUUAUUUCGUAAGAGUGAUUGAGAAAAGCAUUUCCAGGGCCGUCAAAAUGAAUCAGACCACAUUUUCCUGUGUAUGUGGCAACCUCUGUAUGUGGCAGUAUUGGUACAAAAAGUCUCAGUCAGCUGGACUUGGCUGAACUUCUUACACUUUGUUACAAUUUUAAUGGCUGUUUUGUAACUCUUAAUUGGGAAAACAUGAGGCACAAAUGAAAACCUCCCUUCUCAAACCAAGCACAGGAGGCAAAAGUUAAAAAUUAAAAUGUCAGCCAGGGUUGUCAGAUGCCCACAGUACAGGUUCCCACAGUCAUAUCUUCUUUGCUGAAUAUGACUCCAAGAUGUCCCGUACGCUGACCUAAAAGGCAGUUCCUGGUCUGGCAAACUCCAUCUUACCAACAUUCCUGUCUCUGGCUUCAACCCACGUUGGAAACAAAAUGAAAAUCAUGUCCAGUCAAAUUGCCAUUGGGCCUAAAGAACUUGCAAGAACAACCACCUCGUGGGUUUAAUUACAUUCAUUUUGCCUUGAUGACCUUCACAGCUUUGUUGGAAAAGUCUUUUAUAAUAUCCUCUGCCCUGGAUUCUGUAGAGUUAGGCGCUAUAAAAGCGUUUGUCUGUUAGCGUGAACAAGCAGUGUGUUGCAUAUUUACAAAAUACUAACUCUACGGCAUUUGUUUUCUUAGAUGAUUGAGAGCAGAUAUUGCCACUUUUCAGGAUAUGUUUCAAAUAUCCACCUGAAAAGCCUUAAAUCUUUCUUGCCUGAAGUCUAGAGGAAAACUUCUCUUUUUAGCUUCACAAGUGGAAGGAGAACUUGAGAACCAAAGGGGUACAUGCUAGUACAUUCAUUUCUCUUCGCUUGCUUUAGUUUGGAAAUUAAGUCUCUGUAAAACUCUGUCUCGCUCCUGAGGUAAUGAAAAGUUUGUGUUUUAACCACUUAUCUCCCUUCAGGAUAAAGUUCACCUUGCGCCACCACUGUGUGUUGUUUCCAUCUGACCUGUAGUCCUUAAAACAUACCCCUCUAUACUUGUGGCCUUGGAUUUUGUUCACGUUUUUGUUGUUGUAAGACUUGGUGCAUUUUUUGGAGCAUUAGUAUUGUUCAAAUACACAAGCUUUAACUACACCCAGUGUGUGUAUAUACGUAUAGUACGUACAGCCCGCUGUUGUACCACGUAAAAGUCCGUUGUCUCUACAACAUUAAAGCACAGUA